UGCCCCAACCGGGUCCUCCGCAGCUAGCAGAAACGCAGGCACCCGGCCGGCUCAGCCUGCGCCGGGGCCGCCUCGCUCGCUCGGGGCUCGGCAGGCGGCCCGCGGGAUCCCGGAUCGCUGCGCCCGCAGCCGGAGACCAAGGCAGGCGCUGACUCGAGACCCGGAGGCCCGUGAGACCUUCGGUCAUUUUUAGGGGAGGAGAUGCAGACAGAGAGGUACUGACCCCAGAAACGGAUCAGGAGGUUCCUGCUUGCCUGUGGUGUGACACUUUGCCAGCACUUUAUGGUAGCCCUCUCUGACCCCUCCACACCACUGUUCCACACAGCUCCUGAACCAUGGGAGAAAAUGAGGAUGAGAAGCAGGCCCAGGCUAGCCAGGUCUUUGAGAACUUUGUGCAAGCUACCACAUGCAAAGGCACGCUCCAGGCCUUCAACAUCCUCACCUGCCUCCUGGACCUCGAUCCGCUGGACCAUAGAAACUUCUACUCUCAGCUCAAGUCCAAGGUGAACACCUGGAAGGCCAAGGCUCUAUGGCACAAACUGGAUAAGCGCGGCUCCCACAAGGAAUACAAGCGAGGGAAAGCCUGCAUGAACACCAAGUGUCUCAUCGUCGGAGGAGGACCAUGUGGCUUGCGUACUGCCAUUGAACUUGCCUACCUGGGAGCCAAAGUGGUUGUAGUGGAGAAGAGGGACACCUUCUCCCGGAACAAUGUGCUGCACCUCUGGCCCUUUACCAUCCACGACCUGCGGGGCCUAGGAGCCAAGAAGUUCUAUGGGAAAUUCUGUGCUGGUUCCAUCGACCACAUCAGUAUCCGUCAACUACAGCUCAUCCUGUUCAAGGUGGCCCUGAUGCUGGGAGUGGAAAUCCAUGUGAAUGUGGAAUUCGUGAGGGUUCUAGAGCCUCCUGAAGACCAAGAAAAUCAAAAAGUCGGCUGGCGGGCAGAAUUCCUUCCUGCAGACCACGCCCUGUCUGACUUUGAGUUUGACGUCAUCGUUGGUGCUGACGGCCAUAGGAACACUCUAGAAGGGUUCAGGAGGAAGGAGUUCCGAGGGAAGCUGGCCAUUGCCAUCACUGCCAACUUCAUAAACAGGAAUAGCACAGCUGAGGCCAAGGUGGAGGAGAUCAGUGGUGUGGCCUUCAUCUUCAACCAGAAGUUCUUUCAGGACCUUAAAGAAGAAACAGGGAUUGAUCUCGAGAACAUUGUUUACUACAAGGACUGUACCCACUACUUUGUCAUGACGGCCAAGAAGCAGAGCCUGCUGGACAAAGGCGUCAUCAUUAAUGACUACAUUGACACAGAGAUGCUACUAUGUACGGAGAACGUGAACCAGGAUAAUCUGCUCUCCUACGCCCGUGAAGCUGCGGAUUUUGCCACCAAUUACCAGCUGCCAUCCUUAGACUUUGCCAUAAAUCACAAUGGGCAGCCUGAUGUGGCCAUGUUCGACUUCACCUCCAUGUAUGCCUCAGAGAAUGCAGCCCUGAUGCGAGAGCGCCAGGCACACCAGCUGCUUGUGGCCCUUGUGGGCGACAGCUUGCUUGAGCCAUUUUGGCCCAUGGGCACAGGCUGUGCCCGGGGCUUCCUGGCAGCCUUUGACACAGCAUGGAUGGUGAAGAGCUGGGACCAGGGCACCCCUCCCCUGGAGGUGCUGGCUGAAAGAGAAAGUCUUUACCGGCUGUUACCUCAGACAACCCCAGAGAACAUCAACAAAAAUUUUGAACAGUACACAUUGGACCCAGCAACACGGUACCCAAACCUCAACUUGCACUGUGUCAGGCCUCACCAGGUGAAGCAUUUGUACAUCACUAAGGAGCUGGACAGCUUCUCUCAAGAGAGAUGGGGCUCAGUGAGGAGAUCCGUUAGCCUCUCCAGGCGGGAGUCAGACAUCAGGCCUAACAAGCUUUUAACCUGGUGCCAGCAGCAGACCGAGGGUUACCAGCAUGUCCAUGUCACCGACCUGACCACAUCCUGGCGCAGUGGUCUGGCUCUGUGUGCCAUCAUCCACCGUUUCCGGCCAGAGCUGAUCAACUUUGAUUCACUGAAUGAAGAUGAUGCUGUGGAGAACAAUCAGCUGGCAUUUGAUGUGGCCAAGCGUGAGUUUGGGAUCCUGCCUGUGACUACAGGCAAAGAGAUGGCGUCUACUCAGGAGCCCGACAAACUCAGCAUGGUCAUGUACCUCUCCAAGUUCUAUGAGCUCUUCCGGGGCACCCCACUGAGACCCAUGGAUUCCUGGCGUAAAAAUUAUGGAGAAUAUGCUGACUUUGGCUUGGGCAAAUCAUUCAUUCCUAAUAACUAUCUCAAUCUCACAUUUCCCAGGAAGAGGACCCCACGGGUAGACACCCAGACUGAAGAGAAUGACAUGAAUAAGAGGAGACGACAGGGCUUCAACAACCUGGAAGAGCUGCCGGCCUUCUCCAGCCGUAGCGUGGGCUCCAGUCAAGAGUGCACUAGAGAAGGCGGCAAUCAGAACAAAGUCAAGUCCAUGGCCAACCAGCUGCUAGCCAAGUUUGAGGAGAACACACGGAACUCUGCAGCCCUGAAACAGGACUGCCGCCGGCUCUCAGGCACAGGCAAGCCUGUCUUGUGCUCUGCCUCUCACCCUCCUGGUAUCUCUCGCUGCCCCAAGCUGGAGGAGUCAACCCCCAGGCUUCCACCUCCUCUGAAAAGGCAGUUCUCCUCCGUGGUGGUGACAGGACAGGUACUCAGAGAACUCAAUCAAGUACCUGCUAGUGGCGAGUGCCCAAGCAGACCCUGGAGAGCCAGGGCCAAGUCAGACCUGCAGCUGGGCGGGGCUGAAAAUCUCGCCACCCUGCCUCCCGCCUGCCCAGGGGCGCUGGCCCUGUCCGGGGUGCUGCGACGUCUACAGCAAGUAGAAGAGAAGGUCCUUCAGAAGAGGGCCCAGAACUUGGCUAACAGGGAAUUUCACAAAAAGAACAUUAAAGAAAAGGCAGCUCACCUGGCCUCCAUGUUUGGACACGGGGAUUUACCACAGGAUAAACUCCUGUCUAAACGUCUGCCUCACACUCAUCCUCCAUCUCCUCCCUCUUGCCUUCCGUCUCCUGAUCCAGCUGCUCGUUCCUCUCCACCAGCUGCUGACUCUGUUUCUCCUGCCAGAAAGCUCACAGUAGGGAAAGUGUCCAGCGGGAUAGGGGCUGCAGCUGAAGUUCUGGUCAAUCUGUACUUGAAUGAUCACAGACCUAAGACACAGGCCACCUCUCCAGACCUGGAAUCCGUGAAAAAGACAUUUCCCCUGAGCCUGGGUGGCAGCGACACCUGCUACUUUUGUAAGAAGCGUGUGUACGUGAUGGAGCGGCUGAGUGCUGAGGGUCACUUUUUCCACCGGGAAUGCUUCCGCUGCAGCGUCUGCACCACCACCCUGCGCCUGGCCGCCUAUGCCUUUGACUGCGAUGAAGGCAAAUUCUACUGCAAGCCCCAUUUCACUCAUUGUAAAACCAACAGCAGACAACGGAAGAGGCGGGCAGAGCUGAAGCAGCAAAGAGAGGAGGAAGGCACUUGGCAGGAGCGGGAAGCACCACAGAGAGACGCUCCCACAGAAAGCUCUUGCGCAGUGGCGGCCAUCAGCACGCCAGAAGGCAGCCCCCCAGGUAUCUCCACCUCCUUCUUUAGGAAGGCACUGAGCUGGCCUUUCAGGCUGACAAGAGGCCUGCUCGACCUGCCCCGGAGCCUGCUUAGGUGGAUGCAGGGACUCCUGAAUGCUGCUGGCCACCAUGUCAGGGACAAUGCUCACAACUACUGCUUCACGUUUGAGCUCCUGUGCCUGGGGCUGCUGCUUCUCUGGGCCUUCUCUGAGGUCCUGGGCGCCAUGUACAGGGAGUCUGAGGAAUCCCUGGGGAACAUCCGCAGCUGGUUGCUCAGGUUCAUCCCAGUGAAGCUGCAGUGAGGCAAAUGCCACCCCACAGUGCCCUAACAUUUCCAAGUGUAGACUGCGACAUUUGUAGUUUGCUCAGGCUCUGGCCAGCAUCUGUAACCAAUUAGCUCCAAGCCAAAGAGUCCCACGUUGGCCACCUCCACCUGGUUUUGACAGGGUCGAGCAUCUAUCCAUGGUGCUAGGGCCAGGGACAACAUGAAGGAUUUUUUUUAAAAACAGCUUUGUAUUUAAUUUUGUCUUUUCAUACCAAAGCGAGCCAUAUUUCUGGGUUUACAUUUCAAUUUUUAACUUUUCAUAAGCCAAAAGAAAGCAUUAUUUUUCUACAACUAUCAAUACUUCUAACCAUUUUAACUUUUAUCACCAGUUUUACAAGGCCCUUGAACUUGGCAAUGAGUUGAGAUUUAUUGUUGCCAGCAAAGUUAAUGAGCUGAGACUUUAGAGCCACAAAACAGAGAGUGCCAUCACCAGACCAAUGCCUUUUGAUUUUGCAAAGAGAUGUCAUCUGUUCACAGUGGGGGCUGCGUUUGUUUGCUUGUUUUCAAGAACACAUAUGUAUACAAUCAGUGAGGUUAAAGACAUAAGUAGAGGGGUAGAAUAAACCAAAAUUAACCGAAGCACACAGCAAUGUGUCUGUCCUCGGGGUUGGGGAGAGGUAUUUUACACCUAUCUUUUGAAGUCAAAAAGCCUGAAGGCUUUCCCUCAUGCCCACCACAGGGCUACUGCACUGUAAACAUACAUUCCCCACUCCUCACUAAUGGGGUACUGCAGUGAAACCCAUUGGCACUUAGACCUGAAUAGCUCUGUCAGGCUGAGGAAAUGCUGAGGACAAACUAUUUCAGAUGGUGUCUUUUUCACCCCUAUCAAGUCCCCAACCCAGGCUGCAGACAGAGCCAAAGCCGCUCAGGUCCAUCAUGGUCAGGCUGUCUCUCCCUGGUGUCCUUUGAACCUGAGGGCACUUGCUGGCCCUGAUCAGUGAGCCUUGCUGGCGGUAUCCUGGCUGCUCAGUCACAUGGCUGUCUUGCAUAUUUCACCCACACAGUCAAAGAACCUUCUCCUAGUGGCCCAGGAAAAGAAAAGUGUCUGGUUUGGGGUGGCUUAGAACCCGGAAGUGUUUUCUACUCUGGAUGUCUGGAAAAGCCUCCAGCUGUCCCCACCCAAUUCUAUGAUGCUCAGCUUGUGCAGCAUGCUGAGCAGCUGGAGGGCUGCUAAGGGCCUUCUAGGUACUCAGGGAAUCUACCGUCACCAGUACAGUAUAGCUAUGGAGAACUGUGACCACUAGAGCACCCUCCAAGAUUAAGGCCGUCUUGAAAGCUUUGACAUAAGUUUCUGUAAGGGGGAAGAGGGGUGUGUUCCUAGAGACUCUGUCCUGAAGCCAUGGGAAAGAUAGGGCAUGGCUGUGUUCAAGUCUAUGGGAACCAGCACCCCUGACCUUGUUGGAACUAUUGCCAGUGUGAUGACGUACAGUGUAUUUGUCCCACUUGUAGCUGGGGUUUUAAUGGUCAAGUGUGGUGGGAGAAGCCCUUGAGUCCUAUUAUGUUUCAUUAUGCCCCAUGAACUCUGGAGGUCAGAUUAUAGUGAUUGUCUCCAGCUCAGGGUGGGCUGAGAUGCUCUGUGGAAUGCUCUGGGAAGCCAGAGUGAACGCUCUAAAAAAUGUCAUUUAUAGCCACAAGGAGGCUGGUUUGAAUUACUCUGGUAGACAGGGUGUGUCUGUCACAAGGCCCAGACAUCUAUAUGUUUUGAGACCUUGAACCUUCCUGGUGGGCAACAGCAGGGGCAGGUCCUGGGAGACAGACACUCCAGAAAUGAAUUUGCCUCAAGGAUGAGGAUGAAACCCCAGAGGACCAUGGAUAAGGGGGCUAGCAGGGCGCAAGGUCCUGGGAACAUUUGUGGACAUGAACGGGGUUUUGUGGAUGUGCAGACCCCAUGCAUCCACUCUUGGAAAUGGAUGGCUGGCCGCCACCAGGAAGGUCUAUGUCUCCUAAGCAAGCAUUGAUUUGUGGGGGACUGUGGUUGCUCUCUCGUCACCCCCAAGGCCUUUUCCUCUUGUGAUGUUGUUCUGCUCCCUCGCUAAGACCUCCUUUCUGUCUUUCUCUUUCCAACCUCACACUUGUGGC